AGCAGUAAGUGCUUGCCCAGCUCUCAGGCUGCAUGCUGCACAGGUUGGCUCCGUUGGCUCAGGGAGUGGGCACGGUGCAGCCAAGCCCUUAGAGCUGCUGCAGGUGUAAAAGUUCCUCGUAAUUUUCGUCUGUUGGAAGAACUUGAAGAAGGUCAAAAAGGAGUAGGCGAUGGAACAGUUAGUUGGGGCCUUGAAGAUGAUGAAGAUAUGACACUCACAAGAUGGACAGGAAUGAUUAUUGGGCCUCCAAGAACAAUUUAUGAAAACAGAAUAUACAGCCUUAAAAUAGAAUGUGGGCCUAAGUAUCCAGAAGCACCUCCAUUUGUAAGAUUUGUAACAAAAAUUAAUAUGAAUGGAGUAAAUAGUUCUAAUGGAGUGGUGGACCCCAGAGCCAUAUCAGUCCUAGCAAAAUGGCAGAAUUCUUUUAGUAUCAAAGUUGUUCUGCAAGAGCUUCGGCGUCUAAUGAUGUCUAAAGAAAAUAUGAAACUUCCUCAGCCACCUGAAGGACAAUGUUACAGCAAUUAAUUAAAAAAAAAGAAUCAUGCCCCUUUAUUCAAUUUAAGCUGUCUUCAUUUUCCACAGUAGUAAAUUUUCUAGAUGCAUCUUGUAGACCUCAAAAUACUGGAAAGGAAGUUCCCAUUCAAAGAACAUUUUUCUUGAGAUACUGUAAAUGAUACUAAUUUUUUUCAUUUGAAAUAUAAGUUGUGCUAUAACAAAUAAUCCUGUCGUGUAACCACUGUCCACAUAGCUGAACUUCUGGUAUCAGGAAAAGUCAAUUCAAAUUGAUUACUGUCAAGACCAGUGUGGCACAUCUAACUUAACUGUGAAGCAUACAUCCCACAAUCACCUUGCUGUGUGUCUGGCCUGGGUUGUUUUGUUUAUUUCCUUUUUCUGUCUUCUGCAAUAGCGUUGAAGCUCAGGGCUGUUUAUUAGAAUAGACACAAAGGUUUUUGCUUCCAGUACGACACUGGGCUUAAUGGACUACUAAUGGGGAUGUGUGCUAACCUCUGUCAUCCCUCCCUUUGUGCUAUCUCUAGUAAAGGCUGAAUGUGACUGUGGUCAUUUUUGGUUUUAUAUUUUUUUAAUGCCCUGUUAAUCUGGGGCAAGCUUUCCUCUGGCCAAGGCAUAGAUUGUAUUUCUCUUCCUGAUCUUCCUCACCAGAAACAUGAGCAUUGGAUGAGGGAUUCAGGGUUCUUUUAAUCUCUUCCCUCUUCCCCUCUUUUUAGUGGGGAUGCUGCUUUCUUUUUGCCCCUCUCUGUCUCUUCUCACCCCUGGAUGGCAGGGGUAAGCACUGGGGCAAUAACUUGACGUAUUCCCUUCUGCUUAUUGUUUUGAUUUUGCAACAAAUUUAGUCUUCACCAGCCUGGGAACCAAGAGUAUCUGUUCUGCUCGCAAGUGUGGAUUUUCUCUGUUCCUCUGGCAUUACUGCCACACCACCAAGCUGGCUGCGGCUGAUGUUGUUAGAUAGGCUUUUGACAUGGUGAAAAGAGCAGUAAUUUACCAGGAUGGCCAAAAUCUGCUGCCAGAUCUGCGCGUAGAUUCAAAACACACACUCCAGUUCCAGUCGCUGUGUUGUUGGUGCUUUGGAAUGACCCAGGAACGUUGAUUAACUGAGUGCAGCAUCCAGGUUGGCCCUUCUAAAAGUCUGACAGACAAAUCGAGUCAGCAUAGAUUCCGUUAGGAUUCUCUGAGUGUUGGAAGAGAAAACCCCUCAGCAAAGAUCUGGGGAAGUGGUGCGUACAGCAGAGUAAGGACCGGUACUGGCUUUGCAUCCUGGCAAAUCGCUGCCUUUUCUGUUUUACUCUUUUGGACCACUAACUUCAGUGUGGAUGCAAGCUUACAUGCAACCAGCCUAGUGUGUCUGAAAUUUGAUGAAAAGAUCAAGUGUUUGCGUAAAAAAAAAAAGAAAAAGGAAAAAAAGAAUAAAAAUACGUUUUAAAGCAGCAGCUAUCAAGUCAAUGAACAACAAUGUUUCCAUUAACUCUUUUGAGAAAAAUAUUAGUUGUAAGGAUUUAUCAUCAUCUGUAAUUAAGAUUUAACAUAACAGUAUUCCAUAAGCAGCCUUUUUAUUGUAUCAGACCAUUGCCUGAUUUUAAUAUAAUAAAAAGUGUGCAUUAAUAUUA